AUGAGUCACAAGUACCAGUGGAGGUCUGUUUGGCAUUACAGAUCAUCCACUUGGGAAACAACAGUAAGAAGCAUUUUAUUUAUAGUCUCUUACUUUUUAUUGCCUAUUUGUUUCUUAAUCAUUAUCAGUCUCAUAUUUUCGGUGUUUUUAAAAGGUUAUCAAAGAGAGAAACAUAAAGGUAACAGAGAAGAAAUCAACAAUGCUACAGUCCAAAAGCUCCUGCAGAAAACACUCAACUGGACCCUGAAUAAUUUUGGGGAGGUGAAUGCAAGCGCCAAUGGCUGGAAGCCCCAGAAUUCACGUCCCUACUUCCCGGAUCUCCAACAGCGUAAGUUGCAAGUCGCGAAGGCGCCCACAUUACCUUUGUGGUCAUCUCAGUCGGUGGUCUGCAGAUUUAGGAUCCCAGGCGACUCUCCCACAGGUGAGCCCCAGCUGCUGCGCUGCUGCAGUAACGGCGGCACCUGCGUGCUGGGCAGCUUCUGCGUGUGCCCCGCCCACUUCACCGGCCGUUACUGCGAGCACGACCAGAGGCACAGCGAAUGCGGCUCGGUGAAGCAUGGAGCCUGGACCUUCCUCGGCUGCCGCCUUUGCAGGUGUGUUUUCGCAGCCCUGCACUGCCUCCCCCGCCAGACACCCGGCAGCUGCGACCUGGAAGACUUUCUUGCUGCACGGUCUAAUGGAGAAAGAACACAACACAUGCUGAGUGUUCUCUUCCUCCUUCCCUGCUUGCUCGUACAAAGCAUCCUUAGUGAAGCGGGAGACUCCUGACUGGAUCUUAGAGGACCUAACUCGCAGUUCCACACCGGAAGAACCUUGGUGUUCCCAGCACAAGCUUGAGCAAGCAUGGUUCUCUGUGGGAAAGCCAAGGCUGUGCAUCCACAUCGUUUUCUGUGUUGUAGGUAAUAGAUUUGUUUCAUUUCCUAGAACUGAAGCAUUAGGUGAAUAUUUUUAUUGUUUAAUAAAUAUUUUCAUGAAACAGA